UAGAAUUCUCCUUUUUUUUGCAGCAGUUCAGGAACUCUCGUCACUGGUUGAAAUUGAGGGUUCUUGUAAUAACGCGAAAGGAAGCGUGGAAUUGAGUAAUGGAAGGGAAUGCGAAAAGCGAGCAAAUCGUGGACGUAGGAUCGGUCGUGGAAGCCGUUUCAGCUGAUGACGGUGACGCUCCUCUCUAUAGCCUCGAAAGUCUUUGCAUGCGCUGUGGUGAAAACGGGAUUACAAGAUUUUUAUUGACUUUAAUUCCUCACUUCAGAAAGAUUUUGUUAUCAGCUUUUGAAUGUCCACACUGUGGUGAAAGGAACAAUGAAGUACAGUUUGCUGGUGAAAUUCAACCACGUGGUUGCCGUUACACUUUGGCAAUCCCAUCAGGCAAGCAGAAGAUGCUAAAUCGUCAAGUGGUUAAAUCAGAAUCCGCUACCAUUAAGAUACCUGAACUGGAUUUUGAGAUUCCACCAGAGGCUCAGCGUGGUAGUCUGUCAACGGUGGAAGGGAUACUGAGAGCAGCUGAUGAACUUCAGGCCCUUCAAGAGGAACGCAAAAAAGUGGCUCCAGAGACAGCUGAAGCAAUUGAUCAGUUCUUGGUGAAACUGCAAGCCUGUGCAACAGGAGAAUCAGCCAUCACCUUUAUUCUUGAUGAUCCUGCUGGAAACAGCUUCAUCGAAAACCCGUUUGCACCGUCAUCUGAUCCGUCAUCGACGAUCAAGUUUUAUGAGAGAACUCCUGAGCAGCAAGCAUCAUUGGGAUAUCUUGUUGACUCCACACAGAUUGAAGGAACUCAUGUUGACGCUCAGAGUAACAGUGCAGAAAUGGCUGAAGCCUUGUUUCGAUAUACUGCACCAGAAGAGGUGAUGACUUUCCCAUCUACUUGUGGUGCCUGUGCUGCUAAGUGUGAGACUCGAAUGUUUGUCACCAAUAUUCCUUACUUUCAAGAAGUAAUUGUUAUGGCAUCCACAUGUGAUGUCUGUGGCUACCGCAACUCUGAGUUGAAACCUGGUGGACGAAUUCCUGAAAAGGGAAAAACAAUUACUCUUUCUGUGAAGAAUGUCAAUGACCUUAGCCGUGAUGUAAUAAAGUCUGAUACUGCAAGUGUAAAAGUUCCGGAACUUGACUUGGAGCUGGCAAGCGGAACCCUUGGAGGAAUAGUUACCACUGUUGAAGGUUUAAUCACAAGAAUUGGUGACAGCCUUGAGAGGGUCCAUGGCUUUACUUUUGGAGAUAGUCUUGAUGAAAAUAGUAGAAGCAAGUGGAUAGACUUUAAAACAAGACUAAACAAGCUUCUUAGCUUGGAAGAAGCUUGGACUCUAAUUCUUGAUGAUGCAUUAGCCAAUUCUUUUAUAGCACCUGCAACUGAUGACCUGAAAGAGGACAAACAAUUAGCAUUUGAGGAAUACGAGAGGUCAUGGGAACAAAACGAAGAAUUAGGUCUGAAUGAUAUGGACACCUCUUCUGCCGAAGUUGGUUCUGCACCAACCAAUACUUCUAAAACUGACUGAACAUCAUGUGAUUUCCUCUCCUCACACUCCCACAACAAAAACAAAUGGAAGUAUUUAUGUGAUAGUUUGGUAUCAUUGAGAGAGAAGAAUGGAAAAGUAUGUUGUCUUGAGUCUCAUUGGCUUAUUGAUAUAUUAUAAUGUAACCCCAUUAACUUGUAUCAUCCUUCUAGAAUAGUUCAGCUGAAAGAUGUAACUUAUUCUGAGUUAGUAAGUUAAUUGCUUUUUAUUUUUGUUUU